UGUUUGUUGAUUUUCUCGUAUCACGGCUACUUCCAGCCAUAACAAUAUCCGCUCAGGAAGUAGAUUUGCGCUCUAAUAUAGAAUAUUGUGAUGUGGUUCUCAUUGAAAACCUGAUAGAGAUUCCAAUUGAUGAAUUUGAUAAUUCCGAAAGUGACUUUGCAACAGGAGGAUAUUGUGAUUUAACAAAGGCAGGGGAUGCUCUUGUUGAAGUUGACACGGUCAUUGGAGUGGUUGAUUGUCUUUGA